GGUAAAGGUGUGUAGGCUAUAUUGACCCAUUUUAUUUCGCUGUUUAUCCGGUCUCUGAAAAUGUGAAAGUGAAAGACACAGUACGUCUGAAAACGAAACGGAAGAUUGCUAGCCUGUACCGUGUCAGAAGACAGAGAGGAGAGCAGUUCGGAACUAAAGUUAAAAUGGCUCAGAAAACUGAUGUAGGAUCAAAAGACCAAAGACCAAAGAUUGCCGGAAAUAAAUAUUUCAUACUUUCACCUCUGAAGACAUUCAAGCUGAAGGAGGAAAUCAUAGAUGCAAUCUUUCAACAAACUCCACCUCAACUGGUGCAGACCGUGGAGGAGUGUGACGUCAUUUUGGUUUUAUGUGUUAUUGUUUCAAGGACAGGAACUAACAUCGAUGCUGCACUGAAUGAACUUAACUCUCUCUCAGAAUCUAAACCAGCUGUUUUCGUGGUGCUUCAUCACACAUUUGACCCGGAGAAGAUUGUGCCAGACAGCAGCAGUUAUGUGAGCAGAGAGAAUACACUCACAGUGGACUGUCUCUUCCGCGAGGACGAAGGACUCCUGAAGUGCGUGAGGAAUCAAGACGCUCAGGCCAGAAUCUGCCAAUGGCUGCAACCACAAGACAUACAAGACAUAGAAGAGAUAUCCACUUCCAAUGAAAGUGAUAUAAUUAUUGCAUCAGAACUUAUGCUUGUCCUGCUGGGCAAGUCUGUGCGUGAGAAGACUGCGGUUGAACGCUUGAUACUCGGCAGACAGGAGAGUCGGUGCGAUCCAGCUCCAGCUCCCCUGAAGAAGAUGACAGUAGAUACUGAAGAGGUGGACGGGGAACAGGUGGCUGUGAUCAACACUCCUGACUCCUGGUUCAACUCCUCGAUUUCCAUAGAGGAAAUGAAACAAAAAAUACACUUCUGUAUCGACAUGUCUUCUAGAGGACCGUACGCUUUACUGCUAGUCAUACCAGUAAAACAGUUUUGUCAAAUGAAGAGUGAGAUUUUGGAGAUUUUUAAAACCAAAUUCUAUAAGAGGGUUAUGCUCCUUUUCACUGCUACUAAUGAACAAGAAGAGCAAGAGAUCAAAAAAGAUAAUCUCGAGGAGCUAAUGAAUGCUUGUGGUUUUGAUUGUUUUCAUGUCCUGAACAUUAGUCAGAUUGGGAAUAGAGCUCAGGUUUCAGAGCUGCUGAAGAAGGUAGAGAAGAUAGUGAAAGGAGAUUGUAAAGUCUGUGAGAUGAGCAAAACUCGGAUUGAGGAGAUUGAGGAAGUUAUUACAAAUCGUAAACAGGUAAGCGUAGGAGAGAUGAAGAACUACAUUAAGGUGACACUGCCAAAUUUGACGCGCACAGUUUGGAUAGCAGAAGAAGAGUCUAGCGAUAUUAGUGAAUCUUAUGUGAUGCUUUAGAGGCCUGGAAAAUUAUUGUAGGAAGUCGAGUGUUUAUAUUAUUCAGUUUGCAUGUUAAAUGAUGCUUUAAAAAUCUACAGAAAUGCAGAAUAUAUGUUUAAAAGCUAAAAUAUGAUGAUGAAGCUGAACGUUAGGGUGAUGGAGGGGCCAAAUAUUUCUUUAGACCUGAAUCCUAUUGAGCACAUGUGGGCAUCCUUAAGAGGAAGAUGGAGGAACACCAUGUGUCUAACAUCCAGCAGCUCUGGAGGAACAUAUACUAAAGCAUAAAUAUUGUUAAAUGCUAAAAUUGUUGCUGAUAUGUAUAGGGGUUUACUCACUUUUGUGGGAUUUUGUAUAUGUAGUAUCCUUAACAUGAAAUAAAUGUAUUUCAAACACCUCUAA